CUAUUUCCGUCGGGGCUGUAUCUUUCGCCAUCUUUGCCUUCCCAACCGGAAAUACUUGCUCCUGCAGGAGAGCCACGUCUGUCGUGGUUCGUUCCCGCCCCCACACCGUGGAAGUGUUUCCGGGGUCAGGUGGUUGCAGGUCGCCCCGCCCCGUCGCCGCGCUGGAAUCCAUCGCUCUCCCGGAAGUGGCUGGGGUUCUCCGUGGGGUCCCCAGCGCUCCGCUGGUGCGAAGGGCCGCGGGGGCGGCGGCCAUGGCGGAGGCGGCACUACUGCUUCCAAAGGUGGGGGCAGAGCGGGAUGCUGCCGAUAAGCUCGCUCUCUGGGACCUAAGACCGGACACGACCGCUCCGCUGACUGACCGGCAGACGGACUCGGUGCUGGAGCUGAAGGCGGCGGCGGAGGACCCGCCCGUGCCGACAGAGCUCCCAAUUGAAGACCUGAGCAGUUUGACAUCCCUUUCACUGCCUGUUGAGGAGUCUUCAUUAGUACCCGGAUCUACAGAAGACAUUCUUCUGAAGGGUUUUGCUUCUUUAGAUAUGGAGGGAGAAAGAAUCGAAACUGCACAGCAGUUUUUCUCAUGGUUUGCAAAACUACAAACACAAAUGGAUCAGGAUGAAGAGACUAAAUAUAGACAGAUGAGGGAUUACUUGUCUGGGUUUCAGGAGCAGUGUGAUGCUAUAUUGAAUGAUGUAAACAAUGCUCUUCAGCAUCUGGAAUCAUUGCAGAAACAGUAUCUUUUUGUAUCCAAUAAGACAGGAACCCUACAUGAAGCCUGUGAACAGCUCCUAAAAGAACAGUCGGAGCUUGUUGAUUUGGCUGAAAACAUUCAACAAAAGCUUUCCUAUUUUAAUGAAUUGGAAACUAUUAACACAAAACUGAAUUCUCCUACAUUGUCUGUGAAUAGUGAUGGAUUUAUACCUAUGCUAGCCAAGCUAGAUGAUUGCAUAACUUAUAUCUCGUCUCAUCCAAAUUUUAAAGAUUAUCCUGUAUAUUUAGUGAAGUUUAAGCAGUGUCUUUCUAAAGCUUUGCACCUUAUGAAGACUUAUACUGUGAAUACACUACAGAGCCUCACAAGUCAGUUACUAAAAAGGGAUCCUUCAUCUGUACCUAAUGUGGACAAUGCCUUUACACUAUUUUAUGUGAAAUUUAGAGCUGCUGCCCCCAAAGUCAGAACACUUAUUGAACAAAUAGAACAACGAUCUGAAAAAAUGCCUGAAUACCAACAACUGCUAAAUGAUAUUCACCAAUGUUACCUUGAUCAGCGGGAACUCCUUUUGGCUCCAAGUAUUACUUGUACUGUGUCAGAGUUGACCAGCCAGAAUAACAGAGAUCAUUGUGCCUUGAUUCGUAGUGGCUGUGCUUUUAUGGUCCAUGUAUGUCAAGAUGAACACCAACUUUACAAUGAAUUUUUCACAAAACCAACAUCAAAAUUAGAUGAGCUUUUGGAGAAACUAUGUGUGUCGCUAUAUGAUGUCUUCAGACCACUGAUUAUUCAUGUUAUUCACUUAGAGACUCUAUCAGAGCUUUGUGGAAUCCUUAAAAAUGAGGUGCUUGAAGAUCAUGUACAAAACAAUGCUGAACAGCUGGGAGCAUUUGCAGCUGGAGUAAAGCAGAUGCUAGAAGAUGUCCAAGAGCGGCUUGUCUACCGAACUCACAUCUACAUUCAGACAGACAUCACAGGCUACAAACCAGCACCUGGGGACCUGGCAUAUCCUGAUAAGCUGGUAAUGAUGGAGGAAAUUGCACAGAGUUUAAAAGAUGAACAUAAGAAGCUACCAUCAGAAGCUUCAUUUUCAGAUGUUCAGUUAGAAGAAACAGAGCCUAACAGUUUAAUAAAAUCUGGGUCAACAGAAUCUCUCAAUCCCAGACCAAAGACCACAAUUUCUCCGGCAGAUCUUCAUGGAAUGUGGUAUCCUACAGUUCGAAGAACCCUCGUCUGCCUCUCCAAAUUGUACAGAUGCAUAGAUAGGGCAGUGUUUCAAGGAUUAUCACAGGAAGCCUUGUCUGCCUGCAUUCAGUCCUUACUUGGAGCAUCAGAGUCUAUCAGCAAAAACAAGACACAGAUUGAUGGACAACUUUUCUUAAUAAAGCACCUUUUGAUUCUUCGUGAACAAAUUGCCCCCUUUCACACUGAAUUCACCAUUAAGGAAAUUUCCCUGGACCUCAAGAAAACUAGAGAUGCUGCAUUUAAGAUUCUGAACCCUAUGACUGUUCCGAGAUUUUUCAGGCUGAAUAGCAACAAUGCCUUAAUAGAAUUCUUGCUGGAGGGUACUCCUGAGAUAAGAGAACAUUAUCUUGACUCUAAAAAGGAUGUAGACCGUCAUCUGAAGUCGGCCUGUGAGCAGUUUAUUCAGCAGCAGACCAAGCUGUUUGUUGAGCAGGCGGAGGAGUUCAUGACGAAGGUUUCAGCAUUAAAAACAAUGGCUAAUCAAGGGGGUCCGAAGUAUACUCUCUCACAGCAGCCUUGGGCACAACCAGCAAAGGUCGGUGAACUUGUGGCAAAUGCCUACAAGAUGCUAAAAGCAAAACUGCCUGUGACAUUGAGAAGCAUGUCACUCUACCUGUCCAAUAAAGAUACUGAGUUCAUCUUGUUCAAACCAGUUAGAAAUAAUAUUCAGCAAGUUUUCCAGAAACUACAUGUUUUGUUAAAGGAAGAGUUCAGCCCGCCUGAUUUGGAAGUCAUCGCUUGCCCUUCUAUGGAGCAGCUGAACUUCCUGCUGUCCCCUAAGUAGCUAUCCCCUGUCCAUCCUGGUCUGUCCAGAAGGAGUGACCCGAGGAGUCCUGCCACCUGCAGGGCACUGAGGAAGGGCGUGCGGGACUGCCGAGAACUGUGCAGGCGGGCUGUUCAGUGCUGACUGCAGGAUAAACAGAGUGUUAAAAGAUUGGUGUUUCUUUUUGAAAGCCAUCAAAAUGCCAAAGAUUACUCUGGAAGGGAUGAGAGAUGUCUCAUAUGCCCCGUUGGUUAUAAGCAGUUAUUAGAUUUUGAGAGGUAGCUGUGGUGGGCACACAGUGAAAUGGUUUUAGUAAAAGUUGUGCAAUGAAAAUUGGUUACAAUCAGUAGUGCAAAGAAGAGAUUUACCAGAAUACAGCUAAUUAGAAAGCUUGUAAGAGUAAGGCUUAUUCAAGCGUGAAACACGGCAACACUUAACCAUUGAGCAUUCCACAGUGACUUUUUUUUUUUUUUUACUUCUAGAAAUGUUCUACACUCAUAUUUAGUACAGUGUUUUGCCCAUCACUUUGAAGUUUAGUUUGGAGUAGAUAGGAUGCUUUCAAGAACACAUUCUGCUUUCCUGGGAAUUCAGGGUGUUAUCUUUCUUUAAGUUGUAUGUGAGCUAGUUUCCUGAUGGCAGAGACCUCUUGGAAGGCCUCAGUAUCGAUGCACCUUCAAUGCAGAAUGCUGAAAAACAGUGAGCUGUAGCUUCUCAUAAUAGAUAAGAGUAUAUCUUUAAUGAGAAUCUGCAUGACACAACAGUCAGUAUUUGUGAGUGGAAGUACCAACUAACAAGGCUUUAAAUCCAGUACAUAAAGAAGAGGAGGAAACCAGAUAAAUCGUGUGUCUCAUGCAGGAAGCUUAGCGUUACCAGGCUCCUGUCCACUGCAGUGAAUUUUAGUAGUUCUUUGAGAAAUUAACACUUUACAUCCUGCCUGCUGGACCUUUCUUCCUGCUACAGCAGAAUACAUUUUAUUGACAUACACAAGGAAGAUGAAGAUUGCUCACCUUUUAAAGCCUACCACAGUGUCUACUGUGCUUAUCAAAUGAAUUACGCACAUAGGAGUUUUCUGACAAAUACCUAUCUUCUGGUUCGACUGUUUGUUUUUGUUUGUUUCUUUGCUCUAAUUUUUUUUUUUCCUUUGGCCCAAAAGGAAUUUUGGGUAUGUGAAACACUAGUCUAGAAAUGGAACACUGAUGAGGGCUGGAGAGCAUUAGCCAGCAUUCUUUGUAGCGCCAUCAGUGGCUGUGACUCACUGUGCACCACUGGAGCAGCAUUUCCUACCCCCUGGCAGUGGACUGCAGCUGGUGUGUAGGUAGAUUUUACAGCCUACAGAGCUCACUUUAAGUUGGUGAUGGAUGUUGCUUGACAGAGAGUAACAAAAUGUAUAUUUUCGGAAGGUAGAAGACUAAAAGGGUCCAUAUUCUUUCUUUUACAGGACAGGAAUGAUUGAAAAAGACUGUAUGUAUUUUCACUUACUAUUUUAAACACAGGUUUGAUGAAAUAAAAUCUCCAGUUUUGUGUAUUAAAUGUACAAUUUACUAUUUAAUAAACUUUCCAAAGAAAUGAGGGCAUGGUUAUUGAUCCAAUUUGAUGUGUACAGUUCAGAAUGUGUUCUUAAGGAUAAAAAUAUCUGAUGAUACCUUCCUUGGGUUUUGACUCUUAUUUCUGAACCACCUUACAGAGUGCUAAGUAGGUGAUAGUGAUCCAACAUGUUUGCUAAAUGAAUAUUUGUUAAAUCUGUACAGUUCGUGUUUACUUAUACAAAGUGUACAUACUUUCAAAUAAUUUAAAAUGCUUUGUAUUAUUUGACUAGAAACUGCUGUUUUUAAUAAAUCUGAAUUUUUAAAAAAAUAAAAAUUGUUGCUUAU